AUGUCGAUUUUGUACCCGUCACUCGAGGACAUGAAGGUGGAUCAGGCCCUGCAGGUGAGAGCGACCCCCUCAGGAGCAGCGUCUCGAUCUUUUGGGAUGGGGACAGAGCUGCACCCUUGCGAGAGAACCCCGGAACGAUUUUCUGCCCGGGAAAGGGGCAUGAGCCCCGCCCAGAAUAAUGUGGCCCCGAAGGCACCAGCUGCCCCCCCUGCGCUAGCUGCAUCUUCGGGUUCAGUUCCUGGAGCCGCUGCAGCGAAGGAUCCCGAGCUACCCAAAUCCACUGAGCCACCAGUUCUGUACCCCGACCUUGCUGACCUCAAUGACUACAUGGGGCUCUCGCUGUCAAGUGAGGAAGUCCGGAAGAAUCUGGCACUGGCCCCAGCGAGCAGCCACGCGGUGGCCGCGGCGGGUUCUGCGCACGGCCCGAUUGCUGCUCCAGUGACGGGAAGCGACGUGGGGCUGCGCCGGGCAGAGAUCAGGCCAGGCCUCCGCGAGGUCCACCUCUGCAAAGACGAGCGUGGCAAGACGGGCCUGCGGCUGAGGAACAUCGACAAGGGGCUCUUUGUGCAGCUGGUCAAGGCCAACUCCCCCGCGGCCCUGGUGGGGCUGCGCUUCGGGGACCAGGUCCUCCAGAUCGACGGGAAGGACUGCGCGGGCUGGAGCAUGGACAGGGCGAAGCGCGUGCUGAAGAAGGCCUCGCCGGAGAAGAUUGUCAUGGUGGUCCGCGACAGGCCUUUCCAGCGCACGGUGACUAUGCACAAGGACGGCAGCGGCCACGUCGGCUUCGUCGUCAAGAAGGGGCAGGUCAGCGCGCUUGCCCGGGGCAGCUCCGCGGCGCGCAACGGCCUCCUCACCCACCACUACAUCUGCGAGGUGAACGGGCAGAACGUCGUCGGCCUCCAGGACAAGCAGAUCACAAGCAUUCUGAUGAGUGCCGGUGACAUCAUCACGCUCACCAUCAUCCCCGCCGUGAUCUUUGAGCACAUGAUCAAAAGACUUUCGAGUGGGCUAGUGAAAUCUUCCAUGGACCAUUCAGUACCUGACGUGUGAAACUGCCAUUCCGAAGAGGUCCGUUCCCUCCGCCACCUGCCCUUCCUGACCUGAAAUGCACCACGGACUCUGCCCUUGGAAAUGGUCUCUUUUCCCUCAGGGACGAAGGACAAACCCAGCGCUGGCAGCUUUGAUACGCCUUGCGGACGGCAGAAUUUCCCAGUGUGGACUGAGGCUGACCCAAGGCCGAGUCCUGCAGCCCGAGCAGCCUCUGAGCAUAGUUUCAUGCUGAGCUUGGGAGGGUGAAUUCACCCAGCAAGUGUGACUCUCUCUCGCAGGAGGACCUGAAGCGGCCAGUGUUCUGCUCUGCGUAACCGCUCAUGCACAAUCCGGACACACAAAACACACCCUCUGAGGACUGCUCACAUGGCCAAAUAGCCCAUUCUGGUGCCAACUUUUUCGUGGGUGGGGGGCUGCCCUGCUCUCCGUCUUGUCGUUUGCUUUGCUCUUUUUGUGAGAAUCCUGGUGAUCCACUGAUGUGUCACAGAUGUUACAAACGAUGAUCUCCCAAAGAGGCGAUUCUGUACCAAAACUGGGCUUCUCUUCCGCGGUCCUGGUGCUGUUCUGCACAUUUGUGGCACGGCCCUGCAAAGAAGCGGGAAGGACAAGAGGGCUGACGCGAGGGGAAGGGGCCGCAUCCGGGCUCGGUGGUGAGCGGGGGUCCGUGCUGCAAGGCACUCCUGCAGGCAGCUCGUCCUGCCCCCUCCGGCUUGGGCAAGGGGCUUCCUUGUGUCGUGGCCUCAGACCGCCCCGCAUCAGAAGCAAACAUCUUUGGAGACCCAAACAACGUUUUAUUACAGCCACCAACAGACAAAGGUCACAGGACAGUGGAAAUUAAAACUGAAGAAGAGUA